UGAUAAUACCAAGAAACAAUUGAAUUGAAGUUCAUAGUGUUUCUAAAAAAACAUAUGAAAUUCAUAGCGAAGCAACUAAGGGUCAAGUCAUCAAACCCUGUUGCCUGUUGGAGGUAGGCCCAAUUCGUUACAUGUUAGGCUUACCCUAACGUGGAACUAUAAUCCAACUCGACAGCCCAAAUAUUAUCCAAAACUAUUUACCAACAAGCCCAGCAAAACCCAACGAAAGCUCCGCUCGACAUCGGACGACCAAUUUUAUUAUUUCAGUGAUCAAAUAAAAGUCUAGAAAAACUCCAAUGAGCAAAACGGCUAGAAGAACAUAGUUCAGAGGCAUCGGCGCAUUUUUGGCAAAGCAGCAUCGAAGGCAAAAGCGCGAGCGACUUGAGCAGAAAGAAAACCCACCUUCUUCUUCACUAUAACCCUUCAGUCUUCACCCAGCCGCGACAUUCAUUCAUACGCCACAACCAGUACCGGAUUUCUUCACCGGAGAAGCUUGUAUCCGAGUAAGCAAUGUUCCGCAACCAGUACGACACGGAUGUCACGACAUGGUCGCCGGCGGGGCGGCUGUUCCAGGUGGAGUACGCGAUGGAAGCGGUGAAGCAAGGUUCCGCCGCAAUUGGGCUCCGAUCCAAGACCCACGUGGUCCUCGCUUGCGUGAACAAGGCUCAGUCCGAGCUCUCUUCCCAUCAGCGGAAGAUCUUCAAGGUCGACGACCACAUCGGCGUUGCGAUUGCUGGACUCACCGCCGACGGGCGAGUUCUCUCCCGGUACAUGCGAUCCGAGUGCAUCAAUUACAGCUUCACAUACGAGUCCCCUCUCCCCGUCGGCCGUCUCGUCGUUCAGCUCGCUGACAAGGCUCAGGUUUGCACUCAGAGGUCCUGGAAGCGGCCAUACGGCGUGGGCCUGCUGGUAGCCGGGUUGGACGAAUCGGGAGCGCACCUCUAUUACAACUGCCCAAGUGGAAACUACUUCGAGUAUCAGGCUUUUGCCAUCGGAUCCCGCUCGCAAGCUGCCAAAACCUACUUGGAGCGUAGGUUCGAGAGUUUCAAUGAUUCCUCCCGAGACGACCUUGUAAAGGAUGCGCUAAUUGCAGUCCGGGAAACUCUACAGGGAGAGACCCUCAAAAGCUCCAUCUGCACGGUUGCUGUGGUGGGAAUUAACGAGCCUUUCCAUAUUCUGGAUCAGGAUGCCGUCCAGAAGCUGAUCGAUGCUUUCGAGAUUGUGAAAGAGCCAGCAUCGGAGGCUCCUGCCGCAGCUGAACCAGAGGGUGGUGCCGGUGGGGCUGGCGGUGAUGAUGAUGCCGCCCAGGAUCCUCCUGCAGCCGCGGAUGAAGGGGCAGCUCCGAUGGAGAUAUGAAGAAUGGCACAAUGUUUUAGGUGAUGGGUCUUGUUAGCAAUGUCUUCUGCAAGGAUUUGGCUGAGACUUAGUUUGCUCAAGUUGAUGGUAGACUUCUUCUUGUUUGCGGAUCUUUUGAUGCAAUUUAUGGAUUUGAGUUAUAUGGUGCAGACAUCUGAAAGCUUUAAGCCUCCCUCUUAAGAUCUAUCAAACAUUAUAUUUUGCUACAUUUAACUAUUAGAAUCAGUAGCAACCUUCAUUAUGAUCAUCACGAAACUGUGACCUUACAGAUUAAAGCCGAGUCAAAAGUUUCUUUUUCUAUGCGAUAGUAACAUUCUGCAAUCUGCAUUAUGUUUACUGUUUGAUUAGUAAUUACAAGUAAAUGCAAUCUUUCUUUGGAGGCCUUUACAGUGGUUGCAUAGACGGCUCUUCUAUGUUGAUGUCAGGUUUGGCCGUUUGGAUAUCUUUAUUUUGUUGUUGUUAUACAUCCCAUUGAAUUGAAAGUGAUGGGUUUAGGAGAAAAGGUUGGCGGAGUUCUCAAUUUGGACACUCUCAACUGGACUCGAUCAAAGACAGGAAUUUGUUUACGGCAGGAUUAUGGGGAUUGGUACGCGCACCUAAAUGGAGAUUGCUAAUGAGAAAGACCCAUAAUUUGGCUUAAACUGCUAAUCUUCACUUGUCUGUUUCAGUUCUAAUCAACACCCAUUUGUAUACCUUGGAAACAGAGAAAUUCUUAGAAUCCUAGGAAAAGCUUACACCAUGCUGAUUCCAAAACUAACAUGAAGUAAUUUCUUGGUUUUGUAGUGGUUCCAUGUGAAAGACAAUUUUAAAAACCUUGUAGUUGUUAGUAUCGUUUGAUGCUGGAGUAUCGUUCAAUUGUGUGCUGAAAGUUGGAACAUGAAAGAAAUGUCGAAUGUUCGU